UUUCAACAGAUGCUUCGUUUGCCAAAAAAUGUAAACAUUGAACUGACAGCUGACACUGACGUUGUAUGCGUUUACGUGUCAUUCGGGUGUUGAAUUCGUAGCGAUAUGGAGGAUCGUGCCUAAUUGCGUUACUUUUCGCAAGAAAGUUGAUAAUUUAAGACAACAAAAAGUGUUACGGGUAGUGAUAUUGAUAACUUUUACAUCUUUAAUAGAAGGACACAAUCAUGGAAGCUUUAUACAUGCAAACGAACAGCCUCAUCCAGGAAACACAGCAAUGUUUCCAGCGGCUGAAUGAUACGCGCUUUGAUUCAGGUGAAAUUGAACACGACAUCCAAAUGAAAAUUACAACAGUUAAUGGCAACUGCGAUCGAUUGGACGUGCUACUCUUCAAAGUACCCGUGGCGCAACGUCAGAAUGCGAAAAUGCGGGUCGAUCAGCUGAAGUACGACAUACGGCAUCUGCAGGCCGCACUAAAGCUAUACCAAGAUAAGAAACAGCGUCGCGAGACAGAAAUGGCGGAGAGGGAAAACUUACUCAACAAACGAUUCACCGCGAACUCCGAAACGUCUAUUGAUAUUGAUUAUUCCCUGCAGCAUCACAACUCGAUGCAAAAUGCACACCGAGGUGUGGACGAAAUGAUCUGGACGGGUUCGAAUGUGUUGGAUGGACUGCGAUCACAGCGAGAAACGCUAAAGGGAGCCCGAAAACGAAUACUGGACGUCGGCAACACGCUCGGACUGUCGAAUCAAACGAUGAAAAUGAUCGAACGAAGGCUCGUCGAGGAUAAGUAUGUGAUGUAUGGUGGAAUGUUUGUUACGACGGUUAUAAUAUGUUUGAUAGUAUAUAUUUGGAUUCUUUAACGAAUGCAAAAUAAAUGUCAUUUGCUUUUCGAAUGUGA